AUGGAAUGGCCAUGCCACACUGCAAACUCCUUGGAAGUGUCCGACUUGGAUUGGCACAUUGAUGAUUCUGGCAAUAUCAACGAAGCCUGCAUUCUUCAGACGUCUCUUUUGCAAACUGAAAAUUCGUUUUCAACAUCCACCAACGAUGACCCAUCAGUCGGUGGCUUUUUCGAAUACCCCGAUGCACAGAUUCAUACCGAUCCAGUUGAACUUUCGCCAUGGUAUCAGCUCGAUUUGCAAGAAUUCGGUCAAUACAGGGCAAACCUCCCCUCCAACCAGCCUAGAGCUAUAGGGACAGGAUACAUUGGCACUGAGAACAUCACUCAGACUACAUCUCCCGACCAGAAUGCUCCCAUUCACGAAGCUUGUGUGUCAACUGGGUGCACGGGUACUCAUACCGAAUGGCAAAUUGGAAGCGACAAUCAGCUGAAACGCCAAAAGAAACAAGCCAAUGGUUUGCGCAAGGGCACCGUCGGUGUUUUUCGUUGUGACUGGAAAGACUGUGCAUACUCCGGCACCUUCGCAUGCAAACGUUCAGUGAUGCGACACGUUGAAACCCAGCACAUCACGCCCCGCUCUGUUCCUUGCUUUGAGUGUGGUCAACUAUUUGGUCGUCGGGAUAACAUGACUGAGCACUUGGGAAGAGUUCAUGGCGUACGGGGUUGA